AUGUCACAAGUUUUGAUAAUCUUUCAUACUUUUUUAUCUCUUGCUUUUGGUGCAUUCUUUUCUAAAGCUAUUUCAAUCAUCUUUGAAGAGGUUCAAAGUACCUCACAAAGCAACUUUUCAUUUAAAGUAUGCACGAUCAUUAUCAGUUUAUGGGUCAGUGUGAUCGCAGUUCUGGCAACAGCGGUAGUCAUCGGUCUCAAGGACGUUUUAAUGGCUACAGUAGGAUUAGGAGAAAUGCUCAAAGGAGGAUGCCAAUUCUCACUUUUGUUCUACCUCAAUGAUACUAUCAUGACCACCAAGAAUUCUCAACGGAAUCCUUGGAUCGCUUGGAGGUCUUUGAUUGCGGGCAUAUCACUCGGUAUCAGUUUAACAGUCAGUUUGAUUUUGGUGAUCUUUAUUGGCAUCAGAGAAGGGAACACUUGGUCCAUGAUAUCGGCAUGGCUCUGUCUUAGCAGUGUGAGGAAAAUUCUCAAUCUUUUGAUUCCAACGAUGACGUCUUUUGAUUCCAACGAUGACGAGUUGGGAUACGAUGGUUGUCUCUACUGGCUCUAUCGCCAUGUUAAUAUGGUCUCGAAUCUGCAGUCACAUACCAAUAAGAAACAAUAUCGUGAAGUCAUCUUUUUGAAUCUUUUACCAUCGAUCUUGUACGCCAUAGCAGUCAUCAACCGUUCCAGCAAAUAUCAUCAUCCGAUCACUAUGCCCAAGUUAAGUAUCUUGAACAGACGCAGUAUGAGCAUCAAAGGACCUAGGCUUCCUUCCCUUGGUAACAAUCAUUCAUCCAAAACAGAUGUCGUUGUGAAAAGUCCGACUCAAACUUUGAUAAUUCAAAUGAGAUCAGAAACGGGAGUCAAUCAGAUGCAAGCGAUAGCAAUCAAACCAUCAGAAGAUUCCGUAGAAGAUCUCAAGAAUCCAUCGAACCGAUCUAGCUCUCUUGACAAUCCUCCUCAAGAUAGAUAUCCUAAAGAAUUCAAGCAUAAAAGUCAUUUAAGUGAAAUGGAUAGUAUGUUUGAUAAUCAUAGUUUUUAUUCACUUCAAAGUAAUUCAGAAGGAGCAGAAGCUACAUGUAAUCAGAUCCCUAAACUUUUAGAAGAAGGUAAACUAGAAGCUCGUCUGGCAGUGAUCAAAACGAACCGGUCCACAAUUCAAGCAGACGGUGAAGGUUAUGUGAUAGAAGAAUGGCCAGAAAUUCAUAUGGUAAAGAAGAUCAAACUCGAACCACGUGCUUUCUUACUUCCUUCUCAGCGACCUAAAAAGCUUACUGAGCUCGAGAACGAUAGUCUUGAAGACAUCCUAUCCACCCCAAAGCCAGUGAAUACCAGUACGCCAGUCUUGAUGGAACUCUCUGACUUACGAAAGAAUUUGGUCGCCCCACCUCCACCUAUCUCAUCUUCGUCAUCGAGGUUCAAAUUUUCAAGUCCCGAGUUUCGUAGUGAUCGUCAAAAUUCUAGAAGACCUUCAUCUCCCGGUUUCUUAGCCCAGACAGCAAUGGAAGAGAUUCGUAAACUAUUCCCGCCUAAAUUAAAUUUAAGUAAUAGUUCAUCAAGAAAAGAUUCGUCAAUCAGUCAAUUAGGUUUGAUAGGAGAAAGUAAUAAUGAAGAAGAUGAUUUUUGGGGACGACAUAAACGUGCGGCUAAGAGAUCUUAUUUAUCAUCUCAUUUUUAUCAACAACCGAUCAAGAAAGGCUUCAGUCAUCAUUUUGAGAUGAAAUCAAGAUGGAAAUCUGAUGAGACUCAAUCGAGCAAAAAUCAACAAAGUACCAAAGGUCAACUUCAUCAGAAUGAUGUCUAUCGUGCUUUAGAUUCUUAUCGAUUUGGGAAACCUGUUGAAUCACCACCGGCAGUCGAGAUAUGUGAAACAGAAGAAAUAAAAAGUACUGAAAAUGAUAAUGAGAUUCCAAUGAUGAUAACCCCAACAAAAGAUCACAAAAUCAGUCAAGAGGGACUCAAAAGAAGAAGAUUAGCAUCUGUUUUAGAUACUAAUCAGCUCAUUCAUCGUUUGGCUACUAAAUCAGUGGAUAAUCUUCUUUUGGGUUGUGGUUUGGUGGCAUUGUCAAGGUUUACAGCUGGUAGAGUUUGCAAAAGCUUUAUAUUCAAUACACUCUUAACGGCAGAUGGAUUUCUUGCAAGAAUGGUUGCUAGAGGUCGCUAA